UUGGCAGAGUAACCAUUUAAGGCACUGUGCUUGUCCCUUGAGCGAGCCUGCCUGUGUCAUGCCCUACAAGCAGGUCAUUGUGCAUCGCAAGCCUUUUCCCUUUAUCCUGUGGUAGCUGGGUUAGCAUUACAGUGCAGCCUGGGAGGCCCGGGCUUGGCUCCACUGCAUGCUGUCUGCAGAGUUGCUGGAGGCAUCCCUGAGAGUGCUCUCCGCUGGGAGAACAUCCAGAAGGAGCAUCCAGAGGGAAGGGCCCAUUAGACAACACAGAAAGCACGCUGGUGUGCCCGACCUGGUCAAGGUUUGUCCAAGGAUAAACACCCUGCGGCAGAUGGAGCACGGCCUUGCCCACUACAGCCUUGUCCCAGGCCUACCACACCCAUUGUGUUGCCUCAUGACAAAGCCUGGGCUCGGAUUCAGGCCAGAUUAAACUGCCAUUGUGCAGCUGAGUGUUGAAAGCAAGGCUCACGAACCUCAUCCCUGCUUGGGACUGAUAGCAGAGGUUAUCCAGGUAGGCAUAAACACUCCUGUCCAUCCAGGGAGUGUGCAAGUUGCGCUCAAUCAGUGUGCAGGCAUGCAGCAAUUCAGGAUAGCAAAGGAAGGGAAAAGCCUCCUGGAAUGCAGUCUGUGAGCAGGAAAAGGCAUAAUUAAAAUAUGCAUAACUAGCUUGUGUUUUUCCCUUAACACGUGAAGUGGUUAGAUGUAAUCCUACAGAUCACUGAGGAGAAUGCUUGGCUCACAUUCUCCCUCUCCACAGCAGAGUUACCAGGGCACUUAUUUAGUUUAAGUCUUUAGUAAAAGACUGAGUUUUAAAAUCUAAAAUUUGUGAAAUGUUUUUGUUGCUUGGAGCUCACGGUUCAGGAAGUGAGAGUUGUUGCUGAGGUGAACUAUGUAGCUCUGAUGUCUCAGUGUGUUACUGAACUGGGAUUUUCCAGUUAACUGCUCUAGUCUGGGCACAUCAGUACCCUUCAGAUAGACCAGUCCUACUUGUUCCAAGCUGCCUGUGACCAAGGAAGCUGGACAGUGUUUGGAGCUGUGGAGAGUGGUUUAGUAUGAGAAGCAUGUUUGACAGGUCUUUUCUAGAGACCCUGCAAACAGCAUGUGAAAGGUAUGAGUGUUCCCAUUAAGCAUAGUCGCUUCUUGGACAGGCAGAGAUGGGCUCUUCUGGCAGAAAUUAAGGCAUCUGCUGCUAUAGGAGGCAACGGUUUACCUGCUCUUUCAGUCUGUGUUUCUUCACUGCUUGUGCCUAGCCGGGUCUGGACUUGUGCCCCGCAGCUCUAGCCAGCAAUCCCAGACCUGGCACCGGCCAGUGGGCUGCCUUGCUUCCCGGGCUGGGCACAGCCAGGCUGAAUGGAAAGUGAUUGGCACAGCCCUCAGGCUUGCAGCGCCUGGGAUCAAAGGCCUCCCGCUGGCAGUCACUGAGCUAGAACACCGUCCAUUAUCUUUGUGCCUGAUCGCUUCCUAAUCUCGGCACUAGCUGUGCCCGCAGUUCCUCUGCUGGAUGGCAGGGACUGAGGGACAGGGAGGACCAGGGGAGGAACAUUAGCAGAGCAGGGACUGGUCUCUGCACUUCAACUCCAGUGUAGCAUCCUGAGGGUGAAUGUCCUCCUGGAAGUCAUAUAAGACCUACAUUGUGAAGAGAAGGAAACACCACGUUUUCACAUCGUAUUUUGUUUGGCUCACCUUUGUUUGGCUGUUUUUUUGUUCUUCUGCACUGUCAGAUUCUGGGUUUCGCUCCAAAACUGUACCUUUAUGCCCACAGGUAAUAGGAAACCAGGGUUUCAAAAGAAAACCUGAUGCCAUUGCUAGAUAAUAGCAGUUUCCUAAAUAAAUGUGUGGUUGCCCUGGGGGUUAGGUUGUUACCAGAUGCACCUUUUCUUGAUUGGUGAGAACAGGAGAUGACGCUUCCUGGCGUAUAAGUGCAAGAGAAAACACGGGAGCGCAGAUAAGCAGAGCAAGCAAGCCACCUGGAAAGAAGACCUGAGAAGGUGUUAAAGCAGCUGCCUGCCAUGGCAUUUGGAAUGCUAAUCUAUAUUUUGCUGAAAGGUAGGUUUGGAAGAGGCUUUUCUGUGUUGUGAGGUGCCAAGCUUUGUUAAACAGAAACAAAGCCUUUCUCCUUCUGAAAUAGGCGGUGGGGUGGGAGGCGUGCAGAGAGGUAGGAAGCAGAGCUACUUCAGCCAUUUGAAACCUGGAUGAAAUUUUAACUGAUAGGAUGUAAUUUAGAUUCUUUGAAAAUAAGCUACUUAAAUAGGUAAAUAGGUGCAAGGCUAUGUUACAUGUAUCUAUUGUGAGAUAAUAGAAUGCAAAACAGGAUGGAUUUGUAUUUUGGGAAAUUUGCAAGCCAUCGUUUGUUGUCCCACAGUCAUUAGUAUGCUAUGGCAAAAGGAAGUUUGAGGCAAGAGUGUUUUAAAUGAAUUAUGAUAUUGCUGCCUUCUCUGGGGUUUGUUUGAAGUGCAUCUUGUAUGAAGUGCUUUCUGGGUGAAGUAAACCUUGAAUGGAUGUACUGAGCUUUUCUGUUCCACUAAGCAUCUAUUUGCAUUAUACAGCAAUGGGGGCAUUAAGUGAAGACUCAGCUAUUACUGCUUCAUCCCUCAGCACUGACUUACGGAAUAACUGGACAAAAAACAACGCUGAAGUGGAUUAUACAGAGCAGCCAAAGCUCUUGAAGCUGAUGCAGACAUGCCUUGAGGAGCACCACAGCUAUUGUAUCAAUGGGCUCUGCGCCUUCCACAGCGAACUGAGGAAGCCCAUAUGCAAGUGCCUUGCAGGUUAUAAUGGAGAAAGGUGUGAACAUUUAACACUAAAUUCAUAUGCACAUAAUUCUUAUGAGCGCUACAUUGCUGUGGGGAUUGGUAUAGGAAUACUGACCAGUGGAAUACUUGCCAUCAUCUACUGCUAUGUAAGAAAGAGAUGCAGGAAGCUGCAAUCCCCCUACAAGGUGUGCGUGGGUGAGACGGCGUUGUGAAGCCGCGGCGCUGGAACGCUCACCGCUUUGCCUGCUGAGGAGCAAGGCCCCUGGCAUCGGACAGGCACCCCGGCCUCGCUGAGGAGAUGGGCUCAGGGAACGGCAGAGGAGCUCGCCAAGGGAGCUCCCGUAGGACUGACAGGCUCUGUGUUGUUGAAGAAAGACUUCCUCUCUUGGGUGAGGGUGGAUCGUGCUCAGGUCCAAGCAGCUGAGGACACUGGCAGGCCUCUGGGCACGGUCCUGUGCCCAGUGUUUGCCAUGGGGAGGACUGGUUGGUUUUAGCUGUUUGCAGUCAUUUCAAGCACUCGUACAGUGUUCUGCUUUGGUCUUUUGUGUGUUUUGUUUGGUUUUGUUUUCUUCUUUUUUUUUCUCCUCUGGAGGAUAAGCACCACCUCUCUCACAGUGGAGCUGUGUUCUGGACAUCAUGCCCUGAUCCCUAACCUUUGGGUUCUGAUUUUGCUGUCUGCUGGCUGUGUGUGUGGAUAAACAGCCCUCCCCCAACCCAAUGGUUACCAUUGGUGUGCUGGGCCAAGUAAGGGCUUCUGGUGCCAUAAAGGACAAAUCCUUUGGACUGAAGAAAACGUCUGGCUCUCCGUCCUUAAACUAGAAUAUAGAGAGUAGGCAAUUCCUGGAAAAUCAGACCGUGACACCUCUGGGCAUGGCACGUUUUAUCAUUUUCAUAAGCAAAGCAACCAGACGCCUUUCUCAAAAUGGAUUAUGGAGUGUGCUUGUGACAAAGAACUCUCCUCUUCCCAAACGUCCUAUAGCAGCUCUGCAGUUCCAUGGAAUUUCAGGCAGAACAUUGCCUUGCUGCACCCUGAUUCCUGCACGAGACUUGAAUUGCUAGAGAAGCUGGAAUUUUGUUAUUAAACUUCACUACAGUUUUUCCCAGGAAACAGACUUUCUCUAUUCCAUUUGCGCAUUAUGAGGACAAUGUGACCACUUAAGAAAGAAAUUAUUUUAGGGAUUUGGUUCCACCCUGGACUAACAGAUUGCAUAUUGGAUGCUUGGUUCCAUUCAUCGUAUCUACAAAAAAUUGGGAAGGUGCGAAGAUUUGGUUCAAGGAAAAGGGAAGAAAAUUGGUUCUGAAGAUGGUGGCACUAACUGGGACUUCUCACUGACAGCUGGAGUGUUUGCCGGUGCUGAUGUGACUAGAGAUGACUCUCAGAUUUUCAUUUCAGCUGCUGCACAUUGUAGAGUCAUCUGCUGUGCUCAGCCAUCUGCCAGAGAAAGGCAGUUGGUACAUUGAGGUCUUGUGGAAAAAUAUUGGCUCCUAAAUUCAGGUGCCCUGCUGAAAGCUCAUUUCUUUGUUUUGCGAGUUUGUUUUGACAACAAGGAUGCAUGCUGUUUGUUUAAAAAAUGUGUAUUUGUGAGACUACA